AUGUAAAACAAGCCAUUAGACUGGAUUUGUAUUGGAUGCAAAAACCUGAAUUACUCUUUUAGGAAAUACUGCAAUCGAUGCAAAACUUUCACAAGAGAUGCUCCAGGCACAAAAUUCAUCCCAUUAGAACAAUUAAAUAUUAUUGAUUCAUUAAAACUCUCAGAACCUGAUCUAACAGGUAGUGGACAUAGUACUACAGAUAGUGUUGGAAGUAAAGCUCAAGAACAAGCUGUCUUUCAUUAAGCUCUUUUCUUAGAGAAUUUAACAUAGAAUAAACAAGAAACGGUUAACAAGAAUUUCAACUUUAUGAAAAUUUGUACACUAUGUAGAACAGAAAACUAUUUUUAUUAAUCUAAAUGUAAGUAAUGCGGAUUUAAGAUUUGA